AUGAAGGAUGUGGACGUGUUGUCAACAACAGCGCUAGAUGAGGAACUCCGACUUGCAGAGGUCGUAGGUGUCUCAGGCACGUAUAUCGAGAAGCUCGGGCCAUUGGGUCUACCCGUGGUCGAAGUAGUCAGGACGUUCACAUUCGUUGAUGGUGACAAUGUUGUCUUUGUCUCGCUUGCGCCGGAAGAACCGGAAAAGCUAGAUGUCCCGGAGGUCGAAGUCGAUGCAGACGCCGUGACACUCGUGCUCGAUUCAGUGGCGCUAUUUGAAAUGAACGACGAGCGAGAUGACGAAGAUGAGCCAGCCGACGAAGAAGAUGUAAGGACUGAUGGAGAGGGUGUACGGAUCGACGAUGACGAAGAUGUACGAGACGACGAUGACGAAGACGUACGAGACGACGAAGAGGACGUACGAAUCGAUGAGGAAGACAUGUGA